AGAAACCACUCCGCCAUCAUGGGACAAGAAGGCUUCCUCAAGAAUUCGCGAGUGUAUAUCCUCACCUCGGUUGCCUAUAUGGGCUCCUUGUUGUUCGGAUAUGACACCGGUGUGAUGAGCUCAGUCUUGGCCCUGACCAGCUUUAAGACUGAUUUCGGCCUCCCUCUCGGCAGCAGCGGUUUCGCCUCGAGCAAGAACUCUGAAGUCUCUUCAAAUGUUGUCAGUCUCUUGACUGCUGGUUGUUUCUUCGGUUCCAUUGCUGCCGCCUUUAUCAAUGAUCGUCUCGGUCGUAGAUACUCGCUCAUGAUCUUCACCCUGAUCUUCCUGGUCGGAGCAGCGAUCCAGGUCGGCGCCCACCACGAGAUUGGAAUGAUCUACGGUGGACGUGUCAUCGCUGGUCUCGGUAUCGGUGGCAUGUCCAGUAUCACCCCCGUCUUCGUCAGCGAGAACGCUCCCGCUCGAUACCGUGGCCGUAUCGCUGGUCUUUUCCAGGAGUUCCUCGUCAUUGGAAGUACCUUUGCAUACUGGUUGGGCUACGGAGUCUCCCUCCGCAUGCCUGCCAACACGAAGCAAUGGCGUGUCCCCGUCGCUAUCCAGCUUAUUCCCGGUGGUCUGAUGUUCAUCGGCCUGUUCUUCCUCAAGGAGUCUUCCCGCUGGCUGAUGAAGCAGGGUCGCCGCGAGGAGGCCAUUCAGUCAUUGGCUUACAUCCGAAACGCGUCUGAAGACAGCGAGGAGGUCCAGAAGGAGAUUGCUGAGAUCUACGCUGCCAUUGAGGAGGAGACUGCUCUGACCGAGGGUGUCACCUGGAGGGAGUGCCUGCAGAAGAGCAACCGCUACCGUUUCUUCGUGGCCUUCGUAAUGAUGUUCUGCCAGCAAUUCUCCGGAACCAACUCCAUUGGAUACUAUGCGCCUCAGAUCUUCCAGUCGAUCGGUAUUAGCAGCUCCAACUCGUCGCUGUUCGCCACCGGUAUUUACGGAACUGUCAAGAUCGUUGCUACCGCUAUCUUCUUGUUUAUUGGAAUUGACCGCUGGGGCCGAAAGCGCAGUUUGAUGGGUGGUGCCGCCUGGAUGGCCGUGAUGAUGUUCAUCAUUGGCGCGGUUCUGGCUACUCACCCUCCUGACACGUCCUCUACCGUCGUCUCCAAGGCUUCCAUUGCCAUGGUGGCCAUGAUUUAUCUCUACGUUAUUGGCUACUCCUUCUCAUGGGGACCUACCCCAUGGGUGUACCUUGGCGAGAUCUUCCCUACUCGUCUGCGCUCAUACGGUGUCGGCCUUGGAGCUGCCACUCAGUGGUUGUUCAACUUUGUCAUUACCGAGAUCACCCCUCACGCCAUCCACAGCAUUGGCUGGAAGACCUUUAUCAUGUUUGGUGUCUUCUGCACUGCUAAUGGAAUCUUCGUCACUUUCUUCGUGAAGGAAACCAAGGGCAAGACCCUGGAAGAUAUGGACCUGAUCUUCGGUUCUAUUACCGAGGAACAGCGUCGUGCGGACGUUGAGAACACUUUGCACAAGAACGAGAUUCAACAUGCAGAGCAUGUUGAGGAGGAGACUGCUGAUCGCAGAUGA